GGCCGGCGGACCGCGAGGCAGACGGCGCGGAGGCGGAGGCGGCACCCGAGGCACCGUCUCCCGCUUCCCCGCUUGGCGCUGCGGGCCGGCCGGCCGGCCGGACCGGGAAUCUCCUGCGAACCGGGGAGGAGCUGCCGCCACCAGGCCGGCUGAGCGUCCGGGGAGCGUGGAAGGGGGCGGGGAACGCGGGGAGCCGGGGCCGAUCCCGGCCCUUAAAGCGGCCCCCCCGCGCCCCGCGCCCCGGCAGCCUCACUCCGGAGCCGCGGCCGCAGCAGUUCAAGUUCUAUAUCUGUAACAUCAAAGUGCCAUCUCCUGAUUGGACCGUUUUCAGGAACUCGUGUCAGUUUUCGUAUCAGCUUAAAAGCAAGGUGAGAGGCGAAGCAUAGAGAGCUGCAGAUCAGACCCUCCUGAACCCCCCGGAGCAAGUGAGACCCCUGGAGAAUGCUGGCUGCCAGGCGGCUGGGGGGGUCCUUCCUCUGAGGUGGGUAGGCCGGUGUCCGUGGGACAGCUUCCUCGCUCCUGGGCCCACCAUGGCCUCCACUCUCUGGCUGGACGGCUGAUGUGACCGGUGCCCCGAGCGUGCACACUGCUGGACUGGGUGCCGUCCCAGCUACCACCUGCUCUCAGAGUCUGGGAGCAGGGCAGGUUGGUGUCCGAUGCUACCAGAAGCCAGACAGGCAGAGUGAUGGCCUCCUGCAAGCUGAGAUGGAGGUGACCUGAGGCCUCCUGGAUGUUCCUGGUGACGAGACAGCUGACAAGUUGGAACACAGGCCUGCCGGGGAGCAGUAUGCAGGAAGCUGGCUUUCAGGCCACAAAUGCUUUCACAGAGUGCAAAUUCACCUGCACCAGCGGGCAAUGCUUGUAUCUUGGUUCACUGGUCUGUAACCAACAGAACGACUGUGGGGACAACAGUGAUGAAGAAAACUGUCUCCUGGUGACUGAACAUCCACCUCCGGGCAUCUUCAGCUCGGAGCUGGAGUUCGCCCAGGUGGUCGUCGUGGUGGUGGUGGUCACGGUGAUGGUCGUGGUUGUCGUCUGCCUGCUGAACCACUACAGAGUCUCCACCCGGUCCUUUAUCCACCACCCGGGGCAGGGCCGGAGGCAGGACGGGCCGCAGCCGGAAGGGCGCCUGUGGCCUUCAGACAGAUCUGGACCUCGGCCCGCCUCGGAGAUCAUGUACGCCCCGCGGUCCAGGGAUGGGGGGACUGCCCCAACCUUUCUCCAGAGGGAUCGGUUCAGCCGCUUCCAGCCCACCUACCCCUAUGUGCAGCACGAGAUCGACCUUCCCCCCACCAUCUCCCUGUCGGACGGGGAGGAGCCGCCUCCUUACCAGGGGCCCUGCACCCUGCAGCUCCGGGACCCCGAACAGCAGAUGGAACUCAACCGGGAGUCUGUGAGGGCCCCGCCCAACCGAACCAUAUUUGACAGCGAUUUGAUAGAUGUGUCCGUGUUCAGCGGGGGCCCACGCCCACCCAGCAGCAAUUCGGGCAUAAGUGCCAGCACCUGCAGCAGUAACAGGAGGAUGGAGGGGCCACCCCCGGCCUACAGCGAGGUGAUGGGCCACUGCCCGGGCGCCACUCUCUUCCACCCCCAGCACAGCAGCACGCACAGGGGGAGCAGACUGCCACUCCAGCGGGACGGCCUGGGGGGCACCGAGCUGCCCGUCCAGGGCAAGGACAGGAAGCCCGGGAACCUCGUCUGACCUGCAUGCAUAC